AUGACGAUUUCCGAAGCUGAAGAACGAGAACUUUUCAAUAUAGGAAAAAUUAAGAAUAUCGUCACCCUGCCUGCUGACAAGGGGCGCUCGACGGUCGUCAUGGAUAAGACCGAAUACUGGACUAAACUGGAGAACUUGCUGAUGGACACGGAAUCUUAUGCGCUUUCGAGUGCCAGCGAGUUCAAAAAGCUUGUAAACAACAUAAACAAGACGGUAGGGAGGUUAAAGAAAGCGAACGCCCUCACGAGAAGAGAUGCCCUGUCCGCGAAAGCUACUGACACCGCGAUGGCACGCUUCUACGGCCUGCUCAAGGUACACAAGCCAGGAGUGCCCCUCCGCCCAAUCGUCUCUUUGCGUGGCACCCCAACCUUUGGACUGUCAAAGUGGCUAUACCGGCGACUGCGUUUCCUCAUCAAGGACUCGGAGUGGACGGUGAAGUCAGCUGAAGAGUUUUUGACUCGCACCCGACAUCGUAGAGUGGAGGCAGACGACGGGUCGGUGUCACCGACUUGA